CCUUAUUUAUGGAAGGCACCUACCAGCGCUACCUCUCGGUUUAUUGCAGAAACGCAGGCUCCCGAAAUGUACCCUGGGAAUCCUGACGUCAUCAACCAGUCGGCCGAGAUGGCAAGAUGGCGGAGAAUGAGCAAAAGUAUUACUGCAAUUACUGCCAGGUGGACAUAACGACGUUACGGGUGAAAUGUGCAGUCUGCAAUGACUUCGACCUUUGUUUGGAGUGUUUCUCAAGUGGUGCUGAACUGGGCAACCAUACAAGAGACCAUGAUUACCACAUUGUGGACCAGGGGAACUUCUCCCUGUGUGAGUCGGAGUGGACAGCUCUGGAGGAACUUGCAGUGCUGGAGGGGAUUGAGCAGUAUGGUUAUGGGAACUGGGAGGAGAUUGCAGACCACAUUGGAAACAGAACAUCCCAAGAGGUGAUAGAAUUUUACCAGGCGAGGUUCGUCCACGGCAACCUGGGCAAGUCCUGCAUUCCUGAAGAGUCACCGUACAAGGUGGUGGACCACACGUCUUCCAAGGACGGCCCCCUGUCCCCCAGUUUGUCCACCCCUCCCCAACCCCCCGCGGAGCUGACCCUACAGGAGCAGCAGGAGCUGGGCUACAUGCCUCUCAGGGAUGACUUUGAAAGGGAAUAUGAUAAUGAGGCAGAGAGUAUGGUCAGUACACUAGCUGUGAACUAUGAUGAUGAUGAUUUAGAAACAGCUUUGAAAUUAGCCCAAGUGGACAUGUUUUUACGAAGACUAAAAGAAAGGCAAAGAAGAAAAAGAAUAGCAAGAGAGUAUGGACUUGUAGGCAUCUUCUUCAACAAACAAAAGCAGCAAGCCAAGAGAAAGUUGUCAAAAGAUGAAAAGGAACUGCGGGACAGAAUGAAAGUAUUUUCCCAGUUCCAUGCCUCAGAGCAGCAUGAACAGUUCUUCGAAAAUCUUCAAAAGGAGAAGCAGAUGAGGAGUAGAAUAAAGGAGCUGAUGAGGUACCGGAGGAACGGCAUCACAAAACUGGAAGAAUGUUCAGAAUAUGAAGCUGCCAGGUACAAAAGGGAAAAGAGGAAAGAAAACAAGAAGAAACUGGCUACUCCAGCUGCAUCUAAGAAAGGUGGAGCCCUAGCAGGUGGGAAGAAGCCAGAGGAGAAAGAAGGAAAGAAAUCAGCUGAUGAGAAGGACAGUGGCUCGGACAGUGAGAAGUACCAGGGCAUCAAGUCGGCGCCCUGCUUUAACCUACUUUCUGAGAGGGAAAAGACGCUGUGUAGUUCAAUGGGCAUGAACCCAGCCAAAUACAUGACUGUCAAGACCAUCAUAAUAAAGGACCACGUGCAGCGUCGCCAAGGCAUCCCCACCAAAACUCGUUACCCACAAAACUUGGACAAGCUGCACCGUAAGCGAAUCAUCAGCUUCCUGGCAGACAGUGGCUGGAUCACUGUAGGGUAGUGAGGGGUGGGGAGGGUGUUCUGAUGGAGCUGGAAAGUUUCUUACACCAGUGGAUGUACGUUCAUAGUAAUGGUAGAAAGACUUCCGUACACCGUGCAAUGUGGUCCUACUUCUAUAUUUAAGUUAUGUAUGUAUGUAGCCAUGCUUACUAUACAAAAUAUGAAUACGAUGUCAAAAAUGUCUCAAAGGACAAAUAUCUUGUCACCAUUACUUAAAAGGGUGGGCAUUGUGUCCUUCAGUGUGGGCGUGUCCAUCCUUUAAGAUUGAUAAUAAUUUUAGUAGUCUCAUCAUGUGAAAUCUGUGCAAGACUAAUUUGAAGAAAUGUCAAGGUUCUUUUAACACGGCCCAUAAUUGUUUACCUGCCAUCUUGUCAGCUGCCAUCAUCAGUGCAUAAUGAACUCUGCUACUUGGCACCAGGUGGAAUUGUGGCAAGAAUCUUGUCCCUCCUGAUAGCAUAUUCAUUCAUGUAAAGACAAAUAGUACCCUUUUUCUUGCCUGUUGAUGAUAUUCAUUAACAUCUGUAUAUGUCAUUGUGACAGGACAUUAGGUAUACUGAAGUGCCUCUUGUUGUGAUAGCUCCAGUAGUCACAAUUGCCCUCCAUGCUGUCAUCCAGGCAGUUUUGGUUACAAAGGCUAAAAGCAGAUCCCCCAGGGAUAUUUCUAAUCCAGAAAAGACAGGUACAGUUACAAAUAUGUCUGUUGUUGUAAAGAGAUGACUUGUGUCCUGUACUAUCAGAAAUGCUGAUGACAAAGGUUUCACUACCCAUCUGUUAUGUAUAGACAGUGUACAAAUGUAGAUUAGAAUGCUUCAUGACUUUCAAGGCUCACUUACAAAGGAUAAGUGAUUUUUAAUACUCUUGGUACUUCCAUGAAAGUCCCAUCAAAAUAGUUUGUUGCCAUCACCAGUUCCAAUCCAUUGUUUGAAAGUUAAGGUUAGGUGUUACUGUCAGGCUGUGUACAAAGCACAUGUACUGUUUUUAUGUGUCAAAAACACUGUCAAAAGAGUUGUGACGUUAAUCUCAUGACUGCAAUAGCCUGUGUUCUCCAUGACUUUUUCGUGCUGUUGGGUGCUUUUGGAUCUAUUCAAAGCAAAGCGAUUUAUUUCUCAACACUUAGCGAAUGCAAUUUCCUGUUGAGAUGAUUUUUUUAAUAUGUGCAGCAAAGUCCCAUGUUCAAAUUACGAGAUGCCCUUACAAGGUAGUUGAAAACUUUGCAUUGUCAUGAGGUUUACAUGGUCUUUGCUGGUAUCAAUUCUUACUAAGAACAAAGGUCAGCAGUUUUAUUAUAUGUAACUAUUUAAGUACCUAGAUACAUAACAAUGCCUUUGAAGGCACGUCAAUAUGCAUGUGCAUUUUGUUUGUUUGUGAGGAAGUGUGUAAAUAAUGUCUUGUUACUGAUGACCUUCUGUAAAUGUCAGAUGGAAGUCAUCGUGACCAUUUCUCCUACAUGCACCUUUGAUGUCUUUAGAAUAACUUACAUGAUUCAAAACAAUUAUGUGGUUUAUUUUCGGGGUUGAUGGGGCGAUUGUGUGUGAAAGAAAUCUUAAGUUAUUUAGUGAUACUCAGGAUGGAAUUUUACAUGUUCUGAAUUUUUAAUACCAAGUGGGCUGAAAUGUUGACUGCCACGCAUCUUAAGAAAAAAAUAUGCUUAUUUAUUACAAAUGUAAUGAUUCAAUGUAAUUAAUACUAUGUUUAGUGUGAAAUGAUGUGUGUAGGGAGCUGUUAAUUACAGCAUAGAACUUGUGCUGUUAUCAAUACAGUAAAUGUUCCUUACUCCUUUAAUAAAUUUUGGGAUUGUUGCCCAUUCUCACAA